GCCGCUGGAGGAGACACUUUGCAGCGUCGCAGCUCGGGUCUGCGCCUGAAGCCUCCGGAUCCCAGCCAGCUUGGUCCAACCCUAGUCAGUCGCAAUCCCUUGUGCCCAAGCCAAUCUUCGCUGGGAGCGGCAGCAUGCAUGCAGUGCCGUGCCCAGGGCUCUGAAAGCAGCCCGCGGACGCGCUUGCUUGCUUGUCUUUUCAGGUUUUGGGGCUCUUGGUUACACGGAUGUGUCUCCCUCCCUUGGCAUGAUGGGUUUCUUUUUGGCAUCUGUUGGAUUUGCGUUCUUUUCCGUGUUAUAUAUACAACAAGGGCUUUCUUCUCAAGCAAAAUUUACCGAGUUUCCGAGGAACGUGACUGCAACCGAGGGACAAAAUGUGGAAAUGUCUUGUGCUUUCCAAAGUGGCUCUGCUUCAGUGUACCUGGAGAUUCAGUGGUGGUUCCUUCGGGGACCAGAGGACCUGGAGCAUGGGACCGAGGCAGCCAGCUCUCAGGUGGAGCUCUUACCCGACAGAGACCCGGACAACGACGGGACCAAGAUAAGUACAGUGAAAGUCCAAGGCAAUGACAUCUCCCACAAGCUUCAGAUUUCCAAAGUGAGGAAAAAGGAUGAAGGCUUAUAUGAGUGCAGGGUAACUGAUGCCAACUACGGGGAGCUACAGGAACACAAGGCCCAGGCCUAUCUGAAAGUCAAUGCCAACAGCCAUGCUCGGAGGAUGCAGGCCUUUGAAGCCUCACCCAUGUGGCUACAAGACAUGAAGCCUCGAAAGAAUGUGUCAUCAGUGGUUCCCAGCAGUAUUCACAGCUCUGCCAACCAACAAACGCACUCCACCUCCAGCCCUCAAGUGGUAGCCAAAAUCCCAAAACAAAGUCCACAAUCAGCAAAGAGCAAAUCGCCUGUAAAAUCUACGGAGCGGACAGCAAAGUUGACCCUAAACUCCAAGCACCAUUCUGCACCCCUGUACUCUAGUUACCUACCCAAGGAGCAUCAGCUUCCGGAAGCAUAAGUGAAGAGGCUAUCACACGCUUUAUUGAUAGUAUUUUCUUUGGGAAGUUGCUGAUCUUUUAUUUGAAGAGAUGUGAAGCGAUAGGACAUUUUCUAAUAACAAGAUAUUUUUUUCUUUUCUUUCAACAAAUAAAAUCUGCAUUUCACUGACUGCUCAGGAAUUGACCUGAAAGUCAUCAGUGUAAUAAAUAUUUCCAUGGAUUCCACUAAUUUCCUAUCAAGGGAUACCUAAUCUGAAAGAAGCAGACAAAGAUGGAAAACUUAAGAAAUACAAACUAUCUUCAAACAUCACCCCAGCCCAAGCUGGGAAACAAAAAACAUAAAACAAAAUGCUGGACACUGCAAAUCAACAACAGGAAACUUUAUUUUACAUAAGGAAGAAUAAAGAAUCAUUUUAACUUCUUUCCCCUGACCCUCCCAUGGAAUUUUUCUUGGAGUUUCCCUUCUUUUCCUUGAUUGCCGUUCUUGUUCUGGGGUAGCAAGUGCCAAUUAUGGCCAAUCCUAGUCAAUCCUGGGAGAUUUAUAUUCAUACAUAUUGAGUGUGCUAUAUUUCAAUGUAUUUUAAUUCAUUUUGCAAUUUCUGUAUAUGCAAAUCUGGCAAAUUCUGUAAAUUGCUUACAGUAUGUGUGAUAUGACUUCAAGGUAGAUAGAUAUGACACUCAUGCAAGCUGACUUUCUUCAUUAUAUAUACAAAUAUAUACAUGAGCAAAUACUAGGCCACCUACUUCUUUUCCUAAAGCACUAUUUUCCACUUGAAUCUCAUGUAUUAUGUGAAGCUUGUAGUGUGUUUCUUUGUUCAACUGGUUUGACAGCUACAGUUUGUCUCUAUUGUUCUCUGCUUUCUCCUGGAACAAGCAUAUUUAAAUUGUAUAUGUCUCUGAUAAAUGAAUUAAUUUUGCUAUGUGUAUUCCAUGUGGGAGUUUGCUGUGUUCUUUUAUAUGUGUGUUUAUUGAGGUUUGGGAAUUUCAAGUCUGAAGAAUGCACAUCCUGGUUUUGACAGAUCUCCUCAUGUUACCAAUAUUCUAUCUCAGAAAAAGAGGGAAAACUGAAGAAGACAUUUUGACUUCUCAGGUUCCUGGAAGAGCAUGUCACACUCAAACUAAAUAACACUGCUUCCUUUGUUCUUCAAGAAUUUUUGUAGCUUUGCCAUUCUGUUAUUUGCUGCUAAUUAUAUUUUAAAGUCUACUAAUUAAAAUUUAAAAUGUGAUUCUUGGCUGAAUACAAUAUGCAAGUGAUUGCAAAGCCCAUACUGAAAAAGACACGUGUUCAGUCUUCAGUCAUUAAUUAUAAUUUUAAAUAUUCCAUUGUUAUUUUUGACCUUAUGGUAUUUUGCUUAGACGUGUUCUAAAUAAGUGUCUCCAGCAAAGAAAGAUAAAACAAUUAAUACAUUCCCUCUUACAAAAUAAAUAGUUAUGAUUUGAGAAAGACGACAUCCAGUUAGUCUUCCAGAGAGAUUAUUUUAUUUACUUCCAUUAUAAAUUCAGAACACCAUCUAUUUAGGAAUAAUCCGUUCCCAGCUGAAGGUCCUAAAUUGAAGGUUGAAGACCAUAAAUACCUUUGAUUUUUAAGGUAAAGGGCUGGACAUUGCCAUUCACUUAUAAGCAAUGCGUAAAUUUUCAUAACAUUCUUAACAUUCUCUUUUAAGAAAUAUUGCUUCAUGCUAAAUUUCUCCUUGCUAUUUUUCCUGUUUCAUUUGAUUAUUUCAUUCUAAUGAGAAAAAUAAAGGUUUAAUUGUGAUAAUUUAUUAACAUACAAAUGUAUUUUCUUUCAAAGUUAAAUAUGUUGUAUAAAAUGAUGAUAGGUAAAUAUUGCCUGUUAAGUUUGUGUUAAGGCAUAUAUUAAUAUAUCGAUUUAAAAAGUCAACAGAGAUGGGAAAAAUCAUCAUGCAUUAUAUUUCUACUCAAUGUCCAGUUAACGAUAUCAACCAAUUCUACAGUAGGCCAAACUUGUACCCAUAUCAGUAAUGUUCAUCAUGCUUGUAAUAAAAGAGCACAUGCUAGUUUGGGAAGAAUGCUCACUAGAUUCAUUGUAUCAGUGUCCAAAGUAAUAAAGACCUACUUAUCACUGUGUGACCAAAGUUCAGCCCACUUUGAAAAUGGAAUAUGCCAUACUACUGUUCGUUCCAAACUCACAAAGAGGAUGGAACUUUAAACAUUAAACAUUAGAGCAGAAAAUAAAGAUAUCAAAGAGACCUUCCAAACACUUGCUCACUAUAUUGUAUUCUAUUGGAAUUACAAGUUUUUUAUGUAGCCAUGGCUAUGGAGGUGAAUACAAAUGCAAAAGUAAAGUAUCUGGCUUUCCCAAUCUUGUUUCCAAGGAUAUAUAGUAUUUUUAUAAGAUAGAGCUAUAAAAAGCUGAAAUUACUUACCCGAGUUUAAGUCAAAUACUUUAUUUCUUAAAGACUUAAAGACAGUUAACAAAGCAAAGGAAGCAAAUGAAAAUGCUCCUGAACAAAAUAAGAUAACUGAAUUCUCUAAAACAGAAACUGUAAUCUGAGUUAGUAAGUAAGAUUCAUGGAGUCUAAGAACCAGCCCCGUUUACAGUCAGCCCUCCAUGUCCUUAAGCAGUGCAUUGUAGCAACUAUCUGCAUGGUGUUUGUGCUGUAUGAGACAUAACAAUUAGAGAUGAUUUAACAUGCAGGAGGCUAUGUGUAUCAUGUUCAGAUACCAUGUCAUUUUAUCCAAGAGACCUGAGUACUCACAUGUUAUGAUAGCCAAUGACUUCCUUGUACAGCCAUCUAUCUGCAGAUGCUAGGGAGAGAGUUGUACAUGUAUGAUUCUGUUGAUAUGCAUUUUAUGGAGAUAGUCCUUAGCAUGCAUUACUUCUGAAAAGUAACUUAAUUGUGGUUUCCUCUGAGAAAGAAAUAUAUAAAUGAUUUUGAGAAUCUAAGAAGUCCUCAUUACCAUGUGUUUGACGUGGUUUACCUAAAGUUCUUAGAAACAAAAAUGCAUUCAUAUAAAUAUAUUAGUAUACACAUAUACAAACAUAUUUGGCAAAUAAAACAUAUAUUUUUAAGUCUAGAAAAUUUUUAAAAUUUAUUAUGCAUGGGAUGGAAUAAUAGAUACAGAGUAAUAUUUGUUGACUUUUUACAACAGAUGUUAUUAAUAAUAAUAAUAAUAAUAAAAAUGAAAGGAAUGGUGGCACUUUGCUGUAACUACAGGACUCAGGAGAUUGGAAUAGGAUAAUCAUGAGUUCGAAUUCAACCUGUCUGCAUAGUGAAACCUUGAAUCAUUAAAAAAAUAAAACAUGCUAGCUUAAUUUUGCAAAAAAAAACCCACAGAGAUAUUAUUCCUAUUUUAAUCCUACAUAGGAAAUAAAAUAUUAACAGUAGUGUUAAUUUGUAUAAAAAUAAUCACAAAAGAUAAAAAGCAAUCUAUCUUGAGAUAAUACAUACACUGUUUAUGUGUCUUAGAAUUAAGACUGUGAAGCUAAAAGCCAUGAGUGCUCUAAGAUUCAAGUAUUUAUACCAAGCAAUUUUAUUUUUAGAAUUGCUCAUUAGUAAAGAGAGCUCUCUGUCAUUCAGGAAAUGUCAGCCAUAAAGUAGAUAAGGUCUUUCACUCUAUGUAGUGAGAGACAAGAGAAAAGCAUUCAGAAGCAAUAAAAUAUGUGAGCUGCCAAUAAAUUCCAUGAAGACCCAAUAGGAGGAGAUAAAGGAGAAUGACUGAGAAGUCACGGGAGGUUGCUCUGGGGGUGGGGUCAUACAAUUUAAAUGAAAAAAAGGAAUUUGUGAGAUGUGUCCUCAGUGAGAGGGAACAGCCCAUGACAAUCUCAGAGCAAACCUCAGGUAGAGCUGUUCAAGGGCUAGUCAGUGAGCAUGGGCACACAGAGAAGGAGAGGCAGGGGAGGGACCUGAGAGAGAGACUGAAGCAGGAUUACACAAGGAUCUUCAGAACGUACUGAGCCCAGGGAACAGAGAAGAGCUAGAGCUUGCAAAGAUCCCACUUAUCUGCUCUCAGAAGACAGGGUUUUUCUGCCAUCCUGAAGCUUAUUCACAGUUUAUUGCAUUAGCAAUACUCUUUGGGACAACACUACAGUUUCCAAAUUGUUUGUAUUUGUGUGGGUGUUUGGUUGUGUUCAAGUAUCCAUGUUGAGGACAGAGGUGAAUGCUGGUGUCAUGGUCUCUCACAGUCUUCCUCAGUCCCUUGAGACAGGGUUUCUCACUGAACCUGGAACAUGAAAGGAAGACAGAAGGUCCCAGGAAUCCUCCCAUCUCCUUUGUUUACAGGCAUUCUUAGACACACCCACCACUGUGCAGCACAUGAUUUUACCCACUGAAUCAUCUCUCCAGUCCCAAACUGGUUACACUUUUAUACUGAUAUUGUGAGAAUUCAGGAGCUGUGAGAUAUUAACAUGUUUUGAUGCUAAUAUAUAAUUGAUACUUUGCAGGGACAAGACAGGAGAUUGAAAAAAUAAUUGGAACUGUUUGGAAUGUAGUAAUGAAGUAGUUACUGUAACUGCAUUCAUGAUUUAAAAUAAAAGCAUGGGUACAUUUGUCUCUCUCUAGCUUAAAUUACCUGUUAUCAACCAUACUUUGAAAAUAGUACAUGGAACACUCCCAAACAAUUGAUGAGUUUUGAAGUGUAUAUUAUUCUGAGUAGUAUAAUAAACUAUCCAUCACUCUCUGAAUCAAUCUUUUAUUCAAGAACUACAUACUAUAUACCCAUUAGGUACUAAGUAGCCAUCCUAUUUAGCAGAUGCAUUGUGGUGGCAAUAUUCUGGCACUUAUGUUCAACUAACUACUGUCACAAGUGAAGUGAUGAUAGCUAUUCAGUUAUGAAAAAGAGAAGCUGUGAAAUGCUUGCUUUAAGUAAAAAGAUGAAAGGUCUCAACUGCAUCAAAGAUAAGUACAAGUAGGAAAAAGAAGUAGAUAGAAUAUUCUGUGCUAACUGUGGUAUCAGGGUUUUAGAAUAUAUCUCCCUCUGCAACAAAUAAGAGGGGAGGGAAUACCUUAGUCUCUAAUGGAAUGGGCAGACAGAUUGGAAAAACAAACACUCAUAGACAUUUAUUGGAAAGACUGUUUCUUAAAAGGUAGAAAGAAGAAAAUUUAUUAUACCCCAUGUCCAUGCAUACAUAUGCCCACAAGUUUUUUUUUAAAUAUCAGAAAUUAAGAUCUAAGAGUUCUCCACAAUAAAAAUCACAGAAGACAACAGACUAAAUGGCAAGGAGUUUUGAGCGCUAACAAGGUAUGCAUGCCUAGAAGCUGAGGAAAGAAGAUCACAAGUUCAUGGCAUGCUGAAACUUGAAAAUGAAAACCUUGUCCAAACAAACAAAAAUGAUUACAGUGUUUUCAAGAGGAAUUUUGUCUGGAAACCAUCUUACACUGUAUUAUAUUUUCACUGUCAAAACAAUAAAAUCAUUCUGAGGUA